AUGAAAAACGUUAAGCAUCAAGCCCAAGACAAGACACGGUGGGCGACUCCAACACUCUCGCUUUUUCACCGGAGCUCUCAUAUGUCUUCGGAGGACGGCGAGGAGAUUGAGGCUUUACUGAAGUACAAUCCCCCCCCAAUUCAAGCUUCACCUAUUUUGACGGAGUUCGACGCGCCAGCCCUUUCCUUCUAUGACAAACAUCUCUCCUCCAGUCUGGCCCUCAAUCGAGUUGCCUACUCACCAACAAUGUUGCAGAACAUAACAAAAGCUAUAGAGGCUUGUAUGGACGGAGUCGACGCCCAAGGAAUAUCCUUACCCCCAAUUACUGAUCACGACCAUUUCCGCACAAAGAAACAGCGCGAGACUAUUUGGGCUGAUACGAAAGCUACAGAUGCGCGGUCUAUAGCCAGCUUAUACAAGGCGACUACGGCGGACAACUGCCAGGCGGUAGCAUCGACCCUAUUUUUAACACCCCACUGUUCAAUGUGGCUAUCUGCCAUUUUCUUCGAUCGUGUCGAUAUGGAGGAUAACCCAACCGAUCAGACAUUUACGCUCGAGGACUAUUCAAUCAAUCUUCCCAGCAAUAACGGGGAACCACGUUUUCAUCCAGUCAUCAACGAUUGCUUGAGCGAGGACAAGUCGCAACUUUUGCGUAGUUUGUUGAAGAGAGACAGCCGUUUGGCCACCUGGGAGUUUCUCCCAUAUACUUCUCAAGCUAUCUCCGUGUUACAGAACCUUCGCGGAGAAAAGAAUCAAUGGCGGACGACGACUCGUUUCAAUAUGCGAACACAUCCACCAAUUGGCGCUUUUCAUUCCCCUAAUGCUGCCAUACCAUUCGAUGCGGAAGUCACUCCUUGGCAUCCCCAAAAUUUGACACGAAAUCUACGACCAAAGAAACCAGCGUCGUUAGCAAAGAUUUCGAACUAUCCCUCUGCUAAAAUCUGCUUUACUCCACCACCUCCAAAGAAACGAUCGGCCAUUAUCAGUGAAGUACUUCAACACGCCUGGGUCACUGCUUGCCGUAGGGAUUCGACGUUCAUCAUAUUCCAAUGUGGUAAUUAUGAACGUAUAGGCGUACGACAUCGAGCGACUCGGACCCUUUAUCUGUCCGACGUAAUCAACGUACCGGACAUCACAGAUCCAGGUUCAUACACCGAGCUCCAUGUCAAUCUUUACAUCUUGAUCCUCCAGGACGCAAUCCAGAGGGCUGCUCAUCUGAGCCCUCAAGACGAUUUGCCGCCCAUUUCUCAGAAGCGAGGCAGGGACGAACCAUUGGUCAGAACACGACAACUUCACAAACACUGUUCACCUACGAAUCGCUUAGACGAUGAAGUUAUGGCCGAUAUGAUCACUCCGAGCUUCUAUGGCGAUAUUUCUUCCCGCCAUCUUCUACUGGUUUCCUUGCGAUACGGUGUUUAUUCGUCGCCCAAUCCUGCUACCUUCUUUCGAUCUGGCCACCAGGUGAACGUUUCUGGGGCGAAGCGAUCUAGGUACAAGGCUACCGAAUAUAUUCAUAUCCGACUUACGUCUCUAAUAACUCGAGGUGCUACCGGUACAGUCCACGGGGGGAGGUUGGAAGCUCAUCGUAGAGAUGGAGUCCCCUGUUCUAGUGAUAUUGUUGUCAAGUUGGCCUUUAGCGGCGCUCAGAAGCAGCGCCUGCAGCACGAAGCGACCAUUUAUGAGCACUUGACUAAGGCGGGCGUCGACGGAAUCCCUACAUGUUAUGGGAUAUUUGAGGACUCGCACGGCGGUCCUUUGGUUCUAGUCACUAGUCACGAAGGGACCUGCUUACAGCACUGGACCCGUGAGCACAACAUCUCAGUCCCGAGGACCUGGCGGAAGAAAUUCCUGCGUGUCUUGGAGGCUAUACACCGUGCGGGUGUGUGCCACAGAGAUAUCAGACCGGAAAACCUCGUUGUCAAUGCUAGCAAUGAUGCUCGCAUCGUUGGCUUCGAUUGGGCUGACUUGGUGUCGUCCGCGAGCGCUAUAAGGCGAGAGUACGAACAUUUGCGAAAUCUCUUGGGUGGACAACACAUCCCUCCUGGCUCUUAUCCAAGCCCGGUGACCGCAAACUCAUGA